CUCCUCUCAGAGCUCGGGCGCAAGUAAGGCUCGCCGAUUUAUUUGAUGAGUCACGCAUCAGGCGAGGAUAUGAGGCUUUGCAUUUAAAUUAUAAAUAGUUUUUACGAAGAUCAAUUUCAUCCAAGAGAGAUCGCUUGAAAUUAGACUUUGUUCUAAAUUCUGGCAAGUAUGUCCUCUGGAGAUUCCCUUCAAAACAAACAUGAAAUGACAAAACAAACAUGAAAAUCAAUAGGGGUCUUUCUCAAGUGUAAUGGUAUUGUUGAUGAAUCCUUUCCAGGUAGAUCAUUAUUUCGGUCAAACAAACCUGUGAAUUUGAAAAUUGUAUCAACAAUUCAGAUAUUAUCAAUUCGUAAUCGAUAUUUUGACUAUCAAAUUGUAUUGUAACUUUCUAAUGCUGUAUUUCCGAGACAAAUGAAGUUUUUACUUUAGAAUUUAAAAGUACUUGGACCAUAUCGAUAGCAUAGGCUUUUUGUAUAACUAUAAAUACAGAAUUUCUACAGAAAUCUCGAUGAUUUCUCGAAUUAAUUUGCUUGGGAGAUAUGCUGGGCUGAAUAAUUUUUCAAUUUAAAUCAAUUCAUUGUUCGAGUCUAUAAUAACCGGGCCCAAGACGGCGCUAAGACUAAUUGAACAAAAGAUCGAAAGAGGAGGCAGUGUUCUUAAACAAACAGCGGCACAAUGGCUCUCGGAGUAAAUGUUUCCUCUGAUAAUUUGGACGUUGGAGGUUUCCACAACACCACAACUUCUCCACAAGAAAAUUGCGAAAAACUUGGAGUAAACAUGAGUCCGAUACAAGUAACAAUGGUUUUAAUACAUGUUUCUACGUUGUUAAUUGCUCUAGCAGGAAACACACUUCUUAUACUUGCGUUCGCAAGAAUGAAACAAAAGAUCGCUGUCUUUAUUGCCAACAUGGCGGCCUCUGAUCUAUUUGUCGGAGUUUUUCUGAUCCCUCGCUUGAUAACAAGAGAAAUCACCAGAUCCAACGCCUUCCUUGUUCACGGAUUAGGAGGACUACUUCUCUGUAAGAUGUCCACUUUCUUGAGUGACGUGUCUCUGUCGGUAUCAACACAGAACUUGAUAUUGAUCGCCGCGGAGCGCUUCUUGGCUGUAGUGUAUCCUUUCUUGUACAGGAAAGUCACCGUGAGAACUCGCUAUGUGCUCAUUGCCGUCACGUGGAUCCUGGCCAUGGCAUUGCACUCGCCCUAUUUCUACAUUUUUCGACUGAUUACACAUAAAAAACAAAAUGGCACAGGAACCUUGUUUUGUGUGCCAAGCUGGGAACCCGCCUUUAGCAAUGGAUCAGCUCAAUUACACUAUGUCACCUUUUUAUACGUUACAGUUGUAUUUAUACCCCUCCUUGUGGUGGCAAUCUUGUGCCUUACGACGAUGAUUAAGCUUCGGAGGGUUGACAAAAUGGUGACAGGUCUGAGUGAAAAUAGAGCUCGCAGAAAAUAUGAACGUAACAAUAAUUUAAAAAAGAUGGUCACAGCUACUUUAACAGCGUUUUUGACAUGUUGGACGCUCUUUGUUGUUAUUACUUUUCUGCAGCUUUUUUCACCUACGUCAGUUCCUGAAUGCAGCGAAACGUUUCAAAUAAUUUAUUUUAUAUCUCGGGUGUUAGUAACCUCUUACUGCGCUGUUAAUCCUUGUAUUUGUUUUAUGUUCCUAAAAGUCUUUUCUCGCGAAUUGAGUGCAAUGUGCAAACGGAACCAUCAACGCGAUACAAAUGGGGGUAAAAUGCGACGAUAUAGGAAAAAGCUGCCCACGCAUAUUAUUUGAAGUGAAAACAUAUCACAGUAAUUUGCAUGGGACACCUCUCGGCUUGCUAAGAGUCAUGUCAUUUUAGAUGUAAAUUUUCUUUUUUAUCAAUAAAGCACUAAAAUCGUU